UGAGGAAAAGUCUAGCUUCAAUGCAUUUGAGGUAAUUUGGAAAUUCAGCUUCUAAGGUCUUCAUCUUUGUCUCCCCAAGGGGUGAAUUUAAAUUCAUUAAAAGGAUGUGGAAAGAAUGAACACUGGUGAGGUGGUCAUUAACUAGCAGAGAUGGCAAAGCAGCAACUGUGGCUUUUUUUCCUGCCUUGUGGCCUCACCUGUUAAUAAGGAUUGGACUUUGGUUUGUUAAGUGACAUCGUUUUAUUGACAACGCAUGCAUCAUAUCUUUUGACUUUGAAGGAUAUCUCAUGUAGAAGGAAUUGAGUUAAAUCAUAGAGGAUUGAACUGGAAUACCUUGGCGUGCAGGCUGAGAGUGGCGAAAUGUCUACUGAGACAUGAAGACUUUGGCCACUAGUUUUAUCCUUGGAAGUCUGGUGCUGACUUUCUAUCUGCCUUUGGUGACGACUUUACCUAAAACACUGGCCAUCCCUGAGAAGCUGCAAAAAGCUGUGGGGAAAGUUAUUGUAAAUGCCACAACCUGUACUGUCACCUGCGGCCUUGGCUAUAAGGAGGAGACCGUCUGUGAGGUGGGCCCAGAUGGAAUGAGAAGGAAGUGUAAAUCGCAGCGCCUGGAAUGUCUGACCAACUGGAUCUGUGGGAUGCUCCACUUCACCAUUCUCAAGGGAAAGGAAUUUGAGCUGAGCUGUCUGAGUUCAGACAUCCUGGAGGUUGGGCAGGAAGCUUUCCGGUUCACCUGGAGACUUGCUCGGGGUAUCAUCUCAACUGAUGAUGAAAUCUUCAAGCCCUUCCGAGGCAGUUCCCACUUCGUGAAGUUUGAAUCUGCUCAGGAGUAUGACUCUGGGACCUACCGGUGUGAUGUGCAGCUGUUAAAAAACUUGAGGCUCGUCAAGAGGCUCUAUUUUGGGCUGAGGGUCCUUCCUCCCAACUUGGUGAACCUGAAUUUUCAUCAAUCCCUUACUGAUGAUCAGAAGACGGUAGAUGAGGGCCUGGAAGUGAAUCUGGAUACCCAUCCCAGGCCUUACCGUCCACUAUGGAGAAAGAAGGUGGCGAUAGCCUUGGGACUAGGGAUUGCUAGUGGAGUGAUUGGCGGUAUGUUGGUGAGCAUUGUCUUGUACAGAGGAUUGAGGGUGGUCAAUAGCAGUGCCAGCCUGAAGACCUAACAGGCCUUGCUCCUGAAGGGCUGGCUGCGCAGGCAGCGGGACUUGGCUGCUCAGGAAACCAAGCUCGAUUUUCAGGGGAGUGUCCUGGCUGCCUGAUUGUGGUUCAGCUAAGAGGGAAGGGUUCCAGGGCCGAAAGAGUGAAUGGGAGAUGUCAAGAAGGGGCUACAUCGUGGUAGCUAUGGGCAAUAAUCUCUUAACUUCUUUGUGUCCAAGAUGGAUCUCUUCCUGAUCUCCCCUGCCCGCUAGGUACCCAGCUGACCCGACUGCGGGCAUCUCCCCUGCUGCCGGGAAGAGUUCUGUCUUCCAGGCCUGCAUCCAUUUUCUGCCCUUUAUAGCCUG